AUGCACCAAAAGCUUCGUGGUUACGAAAGUGAAAGGGGAAGUGAUGAAAUCAUGCACACAUGAUUUAAUGAAAUGUUGACUUUGAAUGUCAUAAUUUGUUUUGGUCUGUACUACGGAUAAAAUACUAUUCCUUCAUGGCCAACCAACCUGAAAGCAUUGAUGAAGGUAAAUGGAUUUCUCAAGAAAUUAGAGGUAUAUAUGUACAUCUGCGCGAUAUGGUGAAAAAAGUUUAUUUGAUUUCUCAUCUUUGUUUAGAUUUUAACGAUUCAUUCAACAUGCAUGCCAUUCUUGAUACUCUACAUGAUGAACUCGUGGGGCCAAGUGGCCAAAAUUUGGUGAUGGCCAACUCUGGCUACUCUGUAGAAUAUCCAUCCAGGAUGCCGAGGUCUCCAAUGCCGAAUACAGACGUACAACCCCAGAUAAACACUUGCGGAAUAGUGGCAGGUCCAGCCCAAAACAUGGGUGGGAUGCCAGGUACCAGUGCCAAUCUUACCCCAGGAGCCACUGGAGCUCAACAGCCUCCAACUGCUGACCCUGAGAAACGUAAACUUAUCCAACAACAACUAGUGCUGUUGCUGCACGCCCACAAAUGUCAGAGGCGUCAGCAGACCAAUGGAGAGGUGUGUUCUCUACCUCACUGCAUAACAAUGAAGAAUGUGCUAAAUCACAUGAUGACUUGCAAUGCUGGAAAGUCCUGUCAAGUCGCUCACUGUGUAUCAUCUAGACAGAUAAUAACACACUGGAAGAACUGCGAAGAAAAUGACUGUCCUGUGUGUAUCCCAAAAAAGCAUGCCCAAAACACAGACAGAACUGGACAGAAUCCAGGCAAUUAAAGUGGGUUGAAACAAAUAUGAACCUAAUACAUCAAAUAGUGAGCAAUAUAUGAAAUUGUAUAUACCAGAAUAAUAGAAAUACCAACCGAUUUUAAAUGAGGGCUACUUGUGAAACUGCAUGAAAAGGAUACCUAAACUCUUGUUAAAAAAUUAAUGAAAACAUAUUCGUUUUAGGAUUUUUUUCAUAGCUGUAAUCUUUUUUGGAGUGCUUUUUUGUCUUAAAGAACCACUGAUGUUUGUAUUUUUUUCAAUGAUAUAGACUUCUGAUCCUUUAAUAUCAUAUCAGAUACUUUAUCAUAAUUGUAACUCUUAUGCCCUGAUAUUUUUAGUUAAAUUUUUAAAUUGGAAUAAGUGAGUUCUAUUAAAAAUGAAUAAAAAAAUAAAUUUUAGUGGAAAUUCAUUUAAGAGUGCCGACUAUAUUGUUCAUUGCACAUUCGUGUAAGAUACAGCGUAUUAAACCUUUCAGUAAUUGUUUUGAUAUAGAAUUGAUUUAAGGUGGUCGAUUUUAGCUUUCAUUGUACAACUUUUUAAAGAUAAUAAAAUACUGUGUAGUUAUUGCUUUGAAGAACAUUUUUUCAAUUAACAUUUAUUAAAUUGAACCAAAUAAACAAAAUACAGAUUAAAUAUUUGGAUUUUUGAAGGAAAA